GGAAUUAUCGUGAGAGGCGAUAACAACUACAGCACGGGCUCGGAUAUUUUUUUUUCUCCCUUUCUUUACCCCCUGUUGUCUUAGGAGUGUAAUAUUCAAGAAGGUGUAUCACUGCAGCUUUUUUUUUCUCGUUUCACGACUUCCGCGGCACUGGGGGGAAAAAGAGAAAUCUACCCCAUGUAUAGACCUUGACGAGCGUGUGGCGAAUUGAAGGAGCUGCUUAACUGGGGAGGGGGGGUUCUUUGUUUAUAAACAAUUUCUUCUCCCACCGCCGAGAAGUAUCAGUGAUUUAUUGAUGCACCCGUUCCAGUGGUGUAACGGGUGCUUCUGUGGUCUGGGGCUGGUUUACACAAAUAAAUCGUGCACAAUGCCUCCAAUCACCUUCCAGGACCUUCCUCUGAACAUUUACAUGGUCAUCUUUGGAACAGGCAUUUUUGUCUUUGUCCUAAGUUUGAUUUUCUGCUGCUACUUUAUAAGUAAACUGAGACACCAGGCCCAGAGUGAGAGGUUUGGCUACAAGGAGGUUGUUUUAAAAGGGGAUGCCAAGAAGCUGAAUCUGCAUGGGACAUGUGCCGUUUGCCUGGAGGAUUUCAAGGUGAAAGAUGAGCUGGGAGUGUCUCCAUGCCAACAUGCCUUCCACAGGAAGUGUUUGGUAAAGUGGUUGGAGGUGCGAUGUGUCUGUCCGAUGUGUAACAAACCCAUCGCUGGGCCUCCAGAGCAGCACCAAAGCAUUGGGACACUACUGGAUGAACUGGUGUGAAGGGCUUCAGAAUUCAGACUGACACUAGACCACUCUCUGUAAGAUUAAAGGCAAAACUCCGCCAACCUCUUUCCUGUGCAUGACAAUACGAGUCAGCCCCAGAAUACCAUGCUCAAGUGAAAAAGAGAGCAGGCUGCAACACUGGACGCAAUCGGAAAAGAAAUAUAAAAUGCCAAGGAACAACAGUUAAAGCUCUCAGUAAGACGGGGAAGAGGAACAGGGACAAACAAACGGCAAGGGGGGAGGGUUUUUAAAGCAGCGCUUACUGUGCAUCUGUACAACAUACCUGGUCUGCAGACCUUUGUGCUGCUCUGAAGUCGAAUGGGGAAACUGGUUCAUUUUCAGAAAACCAGAAAUGGGCUAUACUGAUCUGGAGACAGGGGUCUGCCAACAUUACUACACAAUCAAGUUUUUUUAAAGACAAGAGAGCCCAUGAUAAGUGAUCACUUUUCUUUUGUUAACCUCUUGCUAAGAACUUUUUUUUAAAAUCAGAACUGACUUAACAAAAAGUGCAUUAAGUCUUAGUAACAUUUUGGUGUUUACUGAGAUUAACAGUUGUUUUAAUUGUUGCCAAACUUACAUUUUGUAUGGUUUGUAAUGAAAUCCUUUUCCCUAAAUAUCUUUAACUACAGCCAGUGACCACUGAUCUGAAAAAUGUAGUGUUUGCAAUGUAUGUCAAACAGGGUUGAAAUGCUUUGCAUUAGUCUACAGGCACUAAUCUAAGGAAAUGGACGGUCAGUUAUGUUUGCUGUCAUAUCCAAGGAUUGUGCCUAUAAAAAUGUAUUCCAUUUAAACAGGCAUAAAAUGGAAGGAAAUGACACAAACAUUAUAUACAGUACAUUUAAAAUUAAAAAGUAAUUGUGGCAUAGCUUCGAACAGAGAUUUGAAAGUAUCUCUGAUGGGACAAAGAUCUGCUUGUGAAGUGUCUGAGGUUUGUAAUGCACAUUGUCUGCCUAUCUGAUCCUGUCUCUCUGCUAGUGAAAACUACUAUGAGGUUGAGUUGCUUUUAUCCCUAAUGUUCUGUGUCGCUGAAAAAGACACGCUGAAGCCUUUUUUUUUAGAAAAAAAAUGGGUGAAAUCAGGAUAGGGCCAGAUAGUUCUUAAGUGUUCAGAUUGCUAACCUGCAUUUAUAUUGCACAUGGCUUUCAUUUUCCCCAAGGUGGCCACAAAAGAGCUCUAAAUGGGAAGUAAUGGGAAGCAACCGUUUUCUAAGUGGUUAAAUUCAGCUGCUGUUUGUGUACCGGGGUCGAGCAAGAGUCACUACCCGAGUAAUUUCUAUAACAAUUGUACAGUCUUUUAUUCCUUUGUUGUUGCAUUUGUUUAUUGCGUAAAUGUGAAAAUAAAACACAAAUUUGGAGAUGCUUCUUUUAAAA